UCGUUGAGUCGGAGGGGGCGUGACUCCAAAGCCAAAGUGCGCCUGUGGCACUUGUCGAUUGUUAUAUAAACCGGCGUGCCACAAGCCAAGUGCAUCAGUCUCCCUCCUCAGGUGGACGCGCGCACGACGCCUUCGCGGCUGCUGACUGACAACUCGCCAUGGAAAUUGUUUUGUAUUGGGGGGAGGGCUCGCCUCCGUGCUGGAGGGUCUUGAUCGCCCUGCAGGAGAAGCAGUGCGUCUACAGCGACAAACUUCUCUCCUUCGAUAAGAUGGAGCACAAGUCGCCCGCGGUGCUCGCCAUCAACCCCAGAGGACAACUUCCGACCUUCAAGCAUGGGAACCGAAUCGUAAACGAGUCCACUGGUGCCUGCUUGUACCUGGAGAAUGAGUUCAAGGGUCAGGGAACCCAGUUGAUCCCGACCUCCCAUGACGAUCAGGCCAUGAUGUUCCAGCGCAUUUUCGAGGCCAACGUGCUCGCCCAGAAGCUCGUCCAAGUCUUGUAUUACGAUUGGAGGGUACCACAAGACGAGAGGCACGACUCGGCAAAGGCGAGGAACGCAAGUGAUCUGCGCGAGGAGCUCAAACUGUGGGAAGGAUACAUGGAGAAGGCUUCAGGAGGUUUCAUGGCAGGGAAGAGUUUUUCCAUGGCUGAUGUGAUCGUCUAUCCGUACGUCGCCUUUUCCUUCUACCACGGGCUGUCUCCCACCCGCUUCCCGAAACUGGCUCAGUAUCACGAUAUGCUGAAGGAUCGUCCCAGCAUCAAAAAAACCUGGCCUUCUAUCUGGGAACAGAACACAGACAAGCUGAAAGACAUCUGAGAUGCGUGCUUGUCAUUUCGAUGCAGUCGUGCUCUCAUAUUCACGUGAGCACUCUCUUGCAUUGCUCGUCAAUGUCAUCUUGCAGCUUUUGUGCGAUGAAAGUCAAUAAAAACUCACUUCCAAGUGCA